GGUGGCGUGCGAAAGAGCCGACUGUGGGAUCCGAUGAUGAGAUGCUUCGAAGCCAGUUGGUGCUUGGACUACAGCCUGGCCCUGUACAGAUGGAACUGCAGAGACGAGCACGCAGGGAACCCACACUGGCUUUUGACGAGGCAUGCAAGGAGGCAAAGGCUAUGGAGAAAGAAACGCAACAGGCUCAUGCACCAAUGGAUGUGGAGACCCGCCGCACGUAUAACAGUCCGACUCAGCCCCAGCCCAGCCAUGGAUCGAAGUCCUCAACCGACCCGCUGCAAGACUGGGGUAGCCUCAAGGAGGCAAUGCGCACUGAACUGGUGGAGGAGUUACGUGCUCAAGUAAACGACAUGAAGACCUCUCUCUUAGCAGAACUGCGCACUCAACGAACAGCUCCCGGGCCAACACCUCGACAACCUGACCCGGCUAGCAAUAACAGUAGCCAUCCACAAGGGACCCGCCCCCGCCGGAGAGAUAGAACACCUCAAUGGGACGACCAGGGACGGCCCAUAUGCCUCCGGUGUGGCCAAGCUGGCCACAUGCAGCGCAAUUGUGUUUCUCAGGGACCAGUCGACCAUCGCAGAGUGGCGUCCUCUGCAGACGGCAGUAGCCCCGCGGAAGCCCCAAUGAAGAUGGCCCUCGUAGGACAGUGCCCUGAGGUCGAGGUCCUGGUCCAAGGGCAGCCACAGUAGCAUGGGAUCGGGCAUUCGCAGCUUGCCGCCGGCUGCGGGCAGAAGAAUGCCGAG